GGUGGAGUAUCCCUUUAAACUAAGAAACGCGGAAGUGUCGCGUUUUUAAGGUGGAACGUAUAGCGUCAGUAAGAAGCUGGAUUCAACCUCGUGUCACAGUAUUUGGAAGUGUUUGAUGAUCAGCACAGCUGGCACUGCGGGUAAAUGGAAGGCAAUGGCACGUCCAUCUUUACCAUCCUCAUUGGACUCCACAUUACCUGGGAUAUCAAGAGAAGUGCUGUCCGUGUCCAUGGAGCCAAAAUAUCAAUGUCAGCAGUGCAAAGAGAUUCUUAGGAAACCUUUGCAAGCACAGUGUGGACAUCGCUUCUGUGUGUUCUGUUUCAAACAACUCACCAGCUCAGGGCCCAUACCCUGUGAAGCCUGUCGUGCUGAGGGUAUAUUUGAAGAGGCAGUGUCAAUGCUCAAUAUUGAAGUGGCAUUUGCUGAUAAUGCCGCACGAAGAGAAAUUGAUAGCUUACCUGCAAAAUGUCCAAAUGACGGAUGUAGUUGGUCUGGAACACUGAAAGAGUAUGAGGGUCAACAUGAAGGUUGUUGUGACUUUGAACAUGUAAAAUGUGAAGCAUGUCAAGCACUCAUCUUGGUCGGUGAGAAAGACCGCCACAAUGAGCGGGAAUGUGAGGCCAGAACCCUGAACUGCAAAUACUGCAAGGUCACAUUCAACUUUAAAGAAAUUAAGGCUCAUGAUGAAAUAUGUCAGAAAUUUCCCAUGCAAUGCAAAGACUGUGGUAAAAAGAAAAUCCCCAGAGAGAAGUUUCAAGAGCACAUCAAGUCUUGUGCAAAGUCUAAAUCGGCGUGCCAGUUCAGAGAAAUUGGCUGCAGGGCAGUGGUUGACAAUGGUAAGCAGCAGGAGCAUGAGCAGACCGGCGUGAUGGAACAUUUGCGUCUCAUGCUGGCUGCGCUGUCCUCCAUGCGCCUGCGGGCCGAGGGGGCUGGAGAGUUGCAGGAAGAUUCCGGACUGGGAUUGUAUCGCGGACCUGAAGACGCACCUCCAGUGGGGGCUCAUGCUGUAGCCCAUAAUGCAGGAAGAGGAGGCGGUCCUGGUGUACAGCAGAAAGUCUCAGCAUUGGAGAAUAUAUUGUGUGUGUUGAACAGGGAGAUGGAGCGCUCAGCCCUCACCCUGGAGGCACUAUCCCGUCAACAUCGGCUAGACCAGGAAAAGAUAGAGAACUUGGCAAACAAGGUGCGACAGCUGGAACGGACUUUAACCACACGAGAUCUGCAGUUAGCAGAAUCAGAGCAGUCCUUGCGGGAGCUGCAGUUUUGUACAUAUGAUGGAGUUUUCAUUUGGAAAAUAGCAGACUUCUCUCGUCGCAGACAAGAUGCAGUGGGGGGCCGGGCACCUGCCAUGUUCUCACCUGCAUUCUACUCCAGUAAAUAUGGGUAUAAGAUGUGUCUGAGACUCUAUCUGAAUGGUGAUGGCACAGGUCGGGGCACUCACCUUUCUCUGUUCUUUGUGGUCAUGAGGGGCAAAUAUGAUGCACUGCUGAAGUGGCCCUUUAGCCAGAAGGUGACAUUGAUGUUGUUGGACCAGAACAACAGAGAGCACAUCAUUGAUGCCUUCAGGCCUGACGUGAGCUCCACAUCCUUCCAGAGACCCAUCAGUGAAAUGAACAUAGCCAGCGGUUGUCCCCUCUUCUGCCCUCUCGCCAAGCUGGCAGGCAAAAGCUCAUAUCUGAGAGAUGACACCAUAUUUAUUAAAGCCAUAGUUGACCUCACUGGCUUAUAAAGCAUUGGAAUUAUUCAUAAUAAUUAUUGAUAAUAUUGUUUUAUUAUUAUUAUAUCUCAGCUGCGGAAGCCAAUUUAAAUAUUAUAUAAUAAAAAUGAUAACAUUAUAUUUAGAUAUUGAUUUAUUUCGAGAAAUAAUAAUCAAAAUAUUAUGUGCAUGUAUGGAGUGGCAGAGCUCAAACAACUUCCAUAACAACAAUUGCACUAUUUUGAUAACCUCAAUAUUUAAAACACAAUAUAUAUUUAAUAUGUUUAGUAUGCAUUAUAUUUUAACUAUACAUACUUUUAGUAAUGUAUGUAAUACAGAAAUAUUACAUAUGACAUGUUCUUUGACCCAAAGCUUUGGCUGUUUUAUGCAUAUACUGUACUUUUAGCAAAACGUUUCAUGCUGUUAAAUAUGGGAUGUCUUUAGGACGCUUAAAAAACCCUGAUAAAUAUGUAACUCUUAUAAAAUCCUGUGUUGUACCUUUUACUAUUUAACAGUCACUUAUUGAUUUAUAUCUUAUCUAUCAUUUAUAUAGCAGUUCAAGCAAUCAAUUUUUAGCAUUUGUUUAGAUAUUAAAAUACUCUUAUUUUAUUAGCAUCAUUUUUUUUGUCUAAGCAGAGUGUCGGUUCAUGAUCUAAUAAUUCUUAGGCCUAUAUAUUUAAUAUUGUAUGAUUUGUCUGAAAUGCAAAAUUAUUGUGUGUUAACCAUAUCUUAUGAGCAGCUUAUGUAUUCUCUAAAGAGUUAUUUUAUCCAGUCCUAUUCUUCAUUAAAAAUACAAACAUGGAAUAUAAAAACAUGAAAUUCACAUUGCGUAUGGUAAAAGAAAAAUAGUUUAAUGGGUCAAACUAAUUUUACACAUUCCACAAUACAAAAUAUACUUAUGGCAAAUAGCCAAAGGGCAUGUGGGGAAAAUCAGAUGCACAAGCUCAAACAAAUGUCACACAGGGAAUCAGGUCCAUUAAAAACAAAACAACUGAUGUACUCGCAACUACAGAGAUGAAUGCUGCACGCCAUUAUCCAAACUCCAACUAAAUUAUUAUUAGGAGAUGAGAUUGAAAUCACUUGAAGAGGUUAAAUAAAAUCUUAAGGAACCAGAAUUAAACCAAGAAAGUCAUAUGCAGGAGUAACAUUACAGCUGAGCUUUACAUAUAUAGAUCAUAAAUGUUAGGAAUGGGGGAGCAUUUUAGAGUCACUUUUUCAUGAUAACAAAUGAGCACCUUCGCUGAAUAUUUAAUGCUGGUAAACAAUGUGAGGUGAAACAAUGAGGUGCUGGAGGUGAGGUAAACCUGCUUAUGGAUAUGAAGUAGCGAAGCACCCUGAUGCUGCAUAGUAUCUCAAUGCCAUAAAGUCAUGGAGCUCACCAAAAUAAACAUAAUGGAAAAUGGUCAGUGUUUGACCCUUUUUCUUCAGCUUUUUGGUUGUUUAGCCAACAACUAAAAGUUCAACAAUGUCGUUGAUUUUCUUUGGAUUUUUUUUUUUUUUAUAUAUAUUUUCAAUAUACUAUGAUUGUUAACCUGUAUGACACAAACCAUAUGCACAAUGGAUUCAACUGUUUUCAACAAUAAAGGUGUAGAUGGGGUAACUCAGGA